UUAAGUUCCAGUUUUGAUCCAGUCACAAAUCUGGUUUGUCGCUGCUGGUUCCAGCUUCAUGUAUGUGAGCAGUUUAUCUGACACUUUAUAUAAUAAGUGACGCAUCCAGGAAUCGGAUCUGCUGUAAACCAGUAUCAGCCACAAUAUACCCGAGUCACAUCAAGCACAGCCUCGUUGUCAGUUUGUCUAUUGAGAUUUAAUGACAGAACAAUUAAAUUAUUUAGUUUGUUUUGAGGAAAUGCACAUUUCUCUGUGCUUUUAGUAACCGUGGAAACAUCAUCUCGACAAAAAGUAUCAGCACGAGGUCCAACUUGUUGUCUCCAAAGCUUUCAGCCACAUCUGAACUCAGCUGACUGAGCAUGGAGUUACCAUGCCUGAACAGAGACAGGGGUUACAACAUCUCCCCCAUAUUUGACCACCUGUUAUCAUGUGACCUAAUUUUCAUACUUUGGUCACUUGAUAACAACUAAACCGUCCCUAUGACAACUGAGCACUGCCGGCCCCGAACUUUUCCUUCGUCAUCUUUAUUGUUCUCCAGCACAACGAACAUGUGUGACGACAUCACUACACUACAUACCUGAACACACACACACACACACACACACACACACUCAUACACACACACACACACACAUCACCUGCAGCUCAGUAUUCCUCCGCAGUAUGAGUUGCCUUCAAAACAUUUCUCUGGAUUUCUUUUUUUUUCCUCUCCACCACCAUAAAUAGCGCUGAUGGGAAGAAGGGAACGUUGCCAUGGUGACACAGUGCUGUGGCAGCCGGUAAUUAUUCUGGUUUAAGUGCCAGCAGAGACACACGCGAGCUGGCACACGGUGGCUGGUAGUGACACCUGGACACAAGCCUCUCAGACAGAGACCCAGUGAAGGAAUUUAUCGGGCCGGGCGUCAGUCCUGAUGAGGGUGGAGGACCUGACAACAUGUUGACCGCAUGUAGACUCUGAUUUGAGCCGGUACCUGUCAGAUGCCCGCUCCUCCCACAGUGUGAUGCGUCAUGGCUCCGGUGCUGAGUGGAGUGUGGUGGGGGCCGGAGGCGGGUGUCGUGGGGUCAGGGGCUGCAGCUGCUACCGGGGCAGCAUCGUGGCUGGGCAGUGGGCAGCUGGCCCUGGCCGUCACCCUCAGCACCCUCACCGCCCUGCUGCUGGUCUCUGUGCUGCUGCUGCUGUGUGCUAGCUGCCAGGGGCAGAAGAAGGCAGCCAAUGGACAUCCAGCAGGAGACCAUGAGAACCUCAUGAAUGGAGUGUCAGAGAGAGAGACGAUCAGCCAAUCAGCAGACAGUCCAGCCACUGAUGCGGCCGUCAGCAGCUCUCACAAUGGUCCUCUAACCAGCGGUACAAUCCUCACAGACACACAAGACACCAGCCCCCAGCCGUCAGAGGAGAUGCUCUCCAGCCAAUCAGAGCUCAGGUCCUCCAAGUGUCCUCAGGACCGCGAGCUUCCCAGCAUUCCUCCCAACAACGCCCUCAUUGGGGAUGGACCCCCAGCCUCAGGGGACAGCACCUAUGAGGUGGUGAAGGAGAUCGCUGUGGCGUCACGUGACGUCAGCGCCGAAGACUCCCUGUACGAGACGGUCAAGGAACUCAAAGACCCCCCGACACAGCUCGGCCUCCCCAACGGUACCAUCCAGCUGAGCCCCGAUGAACCUCCCCAUCACCCCCCUGCCCUUCUCAACGGCCACCUCAGCCCCUGCACACCUGAGCGGGGACCCCUGUGCACAGGGGUGGAGUACGCCUCCAUCGACCUGAAUAAGAAGAGCCGUCACAGCGCCGACAUGGAGGCCAAAAGGCGCUCUGAUAAUGCCAACAUUCCCUCCCACAGGCCUCUGGAGGAACCAGACGAGGACUUGCCUCCGCCGGUACCAGAGAAGGUUCUGGAUGAAAAUGACAACCAGCCGGUGGUGAUGAAUGGGCUGGCGGGGGCUGGGCUGCACAAUGGAGAGUUACACUCCCCUCUGUCUCCUGCACCGGGGUUCGACAACCACACUCUGUCAGACAAUGAGUCAGCGGUGUACUCUACAGUGAACAAGACAAACUGUGACGAUGCUGUGAACGAGGAAGACAAAGAGCACGACUACAGCAGCAUCGCAGAGAUCAAAGGCCUCGUCACGGCCUCCUCCUCCAGUGACCUGUACGCCACUGUCCGAGACAUCUACACCCAGCCCGACGAGCCCCCGCCGGAGGACCCCGUCUUGGACGGCACGGAUCCCGGCUACGAAACCAUCCGCAUCCCAAAGACUAGUAGCUCGGAUGACGACCACAGGGCCGAGCUGGGAGUGGAGGGGUCAGACGCUGCCAAGGCGGAGCCCGACUACGAGAGCGUCGGAGAGUUGGGUCUGGGCCGGGAAACGUCCCGUCUCUGAGUUCUUCACCCUCAUCUUCAUCUGUGGCUGUUGGGGAGAAGCGUCCUCUCUGAACCUGCUACCACCCAGGCUUUUGGUGCAUGACUUGGUAGGGGGGGACAGCAGGAAAUGGCUCGCCACAGCAUCCAUCAUCAACGCAUGACUGUCCUCUUUAGAGCUUGGGUACGGUUUGUCAUAUCUGAACUUUUAAUUUAUCAACCAGGGUGAAUGUCAUUGGUACUGGUAGGCCUGCAGUACCUCAGUCAUUGGGCAUUAAUCACGUGGAAGAGUGCACUUUGGAGCAUCAUUAAAUUCCUCUUUUGUCUUUUUGACACGGGUGCAUAUCAAGGACAUACCGAACAACACUUAAUUGUGGAAAAAAUCAAAUAAAUAUCAAAUAAGUAUCCAAUCACAGCACACAUGCAGAGUUUUAAAGGUUAGCUGAGGACACUAUCAGUGCCUGUGAUAUAAAUUCAGUGCCAUAAAAUGAUGAAAUUCAUGCACUUACUGUAUAUAUGAAGGCAACAUUAUUUGUACGCCCCCUCUGCAGCUGCUAGUGACUCUAGCUCCUUCCACACGACUCAGUGUCAUGUUUUAUUGACGUGUCAGAUGUGUUUAUUUCUCUUCUGCUCUUUGUCCACUGUGCAUUCUCUGCUUGAAAUUCCUGUGAAUGGGUUUGAGGCAUGGAAAGCAAAAGCCAACCCUAUCUGUGCCCAAACGCUGAGCAGAAACAAACGCUCGACAGCCCGCUGCAAGUGCUAAGGGUUUGACAUGUCACAGGACAUGAGAUGUGAAACUAGUCGUCUGCAGAACCAAAAUGGAAACCGGAGGUGGGCGAAGGCGGGCGGUUUCACAUGAGCAGCGGUAUCACAAUACGUUUCGAGAGCAUUUUCAGACACUCUGCAGUCCAUGUCGAGAUUUUUUUGUGAAGCUCAUAUUUAUUUGAAGACGCGUAUUGUUGUGUUAUUGUGAAAUGUUACGGAGCGUGUCUGUGAGAGAAAAGUAAAUAGGGUUUUAUAGAAGUUUCUAGCAUUUUUAUUAAGAUACUAAAUGAAAGUGAGUAGUGAGGUAAGUGAGUUUUAAAGGUACGCUUUCCCCUGACUAUUUUUAUCCAUUGUUUAAAAACAAAACACGUGAUGAGACCGCAUUAUCAUUUUGCACAGGGGUCAAAACAAAUUCAAAAGAUGUGUAAUGUGCAAACUGUGCAUUAUUAACGCAUAUCUAUUCAUCAGCUGUAUUUUUUGGUUGUCAUGUUUUUCGAGCCUACUCUUGGUACAGUAUACAGUCUUGAGUUGGCGUCCCAGAGCAUAUUGUGGUACUGCAUUUAUAUACAGCUUAUGAAAAGCAUCACCACAGCCCGGUAACACCUCUGCACAAUCUGAAUAUCGAAUGCUUUUUAACUUAGUUGAAGCACUCUGAGGAAACCGUAUCUGCCUGUUUGUAGCUUGUACCGACGACAUGCCAACCAAGGCUUGUAUAUAGUUAGAGCACUAUUUUAACCAACUGUUACUCGCUGGAAGUUUUAUGUAAGCUUUUACUUAUUUGUACAACGUCCAGAGUGGUAUCAUUUUAAAAUAAGCCUGUUGAAGAGCACUGAUGUGUGUCCGCUUUGUUUUAAGGAAAACUGAAACCCUUCCUUUACCUUGUGUUGUUACUCAGAGCGUUUGAGCUCUGAGAAGUAGUAACCAGUCAAAUGUCAGAAAUAUGGUACAAUGUUUUGGUACAUGCAUUUUAAGAAACAGUAGGCGUGGUACUUUUAUUUAAAAAAAAAAAAACUGAAUUAAUGUCUCAGUACUGUUGUUUGAUGUUUGUUUUCACAUGAAGAGGGCCAACGCUUUUUGCUCUGAAUAUCUUUCACUGCUACAGCGUCUCUUUGCAGCAAAAAAUGAAAAAAAAAUGGUGUCAUCAUCUGUUUCCACCCACAUGGAAAUAUUACCGCCUUACAGUAUCUCCAGCCGUGGUUUGUGUUUCAUUAGACAUGCAGGAGCUUGUUGCUGGUUCAGACAAACACAGCUUGCCCGCGCUGACUGGUAUUAGAUUCAUAAAUGAUAUCAGGCAUUUGAAACGCUGUUGCAUCUCCCAGCAGUGCUACAGUGAAAGAGGACUUUAAAUCUGAUCCACUCCCAGGAUUUUAGGAACAUAAUGUGUAACUGAAACCCUUAAAAAGGCAAGAUUUGUAUUUCAGCAAAGAGGUAAUUAUCCUUCUUAUUUACCCCCCCCCCCCUCCCCCC